AUGUCUCUCUCACUUGGCGUAGGACCCAUCAAUUGGAAACGUGCUAAUAUCACGGCCGUAUUUAAGAAAGACGAUCCUUCACUUUCGUGCAAUUAUCGGCCGAUUUCUCUACUCUGUGUGUUGUCUAAAGUUCUAGAACGUUGCGUUCACAGUCACUCCUACUACCACCUAGCACCACUCAUCUACAAGAUGCAACACGGUUUCAUGAGGGGGAAAUCAACAACAACCCAACUGUUAGAAGUGUACCAUGACAUUCUGGAACAUGUUGCGAGUGGUAAGGAAGUCGAUGCUAUUUACCUGGAUUUAUCGAAAGCCUUUGACAAAGUUCCACACAAUCUGUUGUUGAAGAAACUCGAGAAUUCCGGAAUUGGCGGGCCUCUCCUUGCAUGGUUUCGAAGCUACUUGACAGAUCGAAAAUAA